GGUGUAGAAGAUCAACCCGUAACGAAUUAACGCAUAUCUCUAGGAGUAGGGGGGAUACGAUUUUCUCCGUCCAUGUACCUUUCUAUUAAGAGGGUAGUGGGUGGUCUGUGGGUGGUGUCUAUAGAAAAUUGUUGACGAACACGGUCAAGUAGACCCGGUGCGAGUAUUCGUCUUAUUAUUUUUUUUAGGUAUUUAUAUGUUAUAUUAGUCCUAACUGACGACGAAAAUUACGGCAAUGCUGACGAACAAGAUGAAGUUGACAACGUUGACGAAAGAUUAGAUAGUGACAGCGAGCAGGAAUUUGAUGAGGCGCUAGAAAAUUACGACCUUAACCUACUCCAGCGUGAGCCGUGUUUUGUAGGAAAGGACAAAAUAACAAAAUGGAAGGAACAUUGUCCACCUAGAAACGUCAGAACGCGUAGUUAUAAAAUUGUUCUACAAUCACCACA